ACAUUUGGGAAAUGUUUAGAGUAUAAAGGACCUAAACGCCUGCUACGCUUGGAGUCACAUUGGUCUAGAACACGCUAGUGUAGAGUUGGCUUCUUUAUCGAGAGUACACACUUCAAGAUGCAUCUUCGACUGCUAGCCCUGUUGCUAGUGGUGCCUCUGGUUCUGGCCGGGGACUUCGAGAGAUACUGGAAGGAAAUCGAGGACGACCUUAAGGAAAAAUUUAACAAGGACAAGGAAGUCGAUAAGGGAGACAACAAGGACGAUAAAAACAACCAAAAGGAUUGGGGCGACGACAAAGGUUGGGGCGACAAAAAAGGUUGGGGCGACAAAAAAGGUUGGGGCGACAAAAAAGGUUGGGGCGAUGACAAAGGCAAGGGCAAAGACAAAGGUUGGGGCGAUGACAAUGGUAAGGGUGAAGACAAAGGUUGGGGCGAAGACAAAGGUUGGGGCGACAAAAAAGGCUGGGGCGACGACAAAGGUAAGGGCAAAGACAAAGGUUGGGGCGUCGACAAAAGUAGUGGCGAGGACAAAGGUUGGGGCGACGACAAAGGUUGGGGCGAAGACAAAGGUUGGGGCGACAAAAAAGGCUGGGGAGACGACGAAGGCUGGGGCGACCAGCAGGACAGAGGUGACCGCAGACGCAGAUCUGAACACAGACGAAGAUCGGACAGCAGAGAUGAGAGAAGCAAAGGGCGUGACAGAAACGACGACGACAAUGAAGACGACAAAGCCGCUCAACCAGACGCCGGGGACCAGACCGUCGACAACAAGGCCCCGAACGACCUCAACAACGGAAGUAUGAACAAUCAGACAAGCGGCGCCGUCAAGAACCAAACCAAAGACUGCAAUAACAAACAGCAAAACGACGGCCAGGUCGAUGAAAACACCGAUGACAACCAAGACGACGAGGAGGAACAGGACUCUCGAAGGGAGCGACGAAACCGUAGAAGAAAAGCUCAACGAAGGCGAGACAGGCGACGAGGUCAGGAUGACUCUCAGGAAGACAGCUCAGAGGAAGAGGAUGAUGACCAGGGCAACGGCAGCAGAAGGCAAAAAAGACGAAGUGAUCGACAGAAAGAUGACCAGGAAGAUGACCAGAAAGAUGACCAGAAAGAUGACCAGAAAGAUGACCAGAAAGAUGACGAAGAUUCCCAGGACAGCCAAAAGGGACAAGACGACGAUGAAGAAGAUGAUGACAAAGACAGCCGCAGAGGAAGGAAUAAAAAGAGGCAAGACUCCUCCUCAGAGGAGGAGGAUGAUGACGACAAAGACAGCCGUAGAGGAAGAAAUAAGAGACGAGACGACAAAGGUGGUAGAGGAGACAGACGACAAAGAUAUGGCAGACGAGAUGAUGAUGAUGAUGAUGAACAAGGCAACGGUAAUUCAGAAGAGGAUGACGACGAUAAUGACAAAAAUGGCUCCAAACUGGCUGAGUUCAAAGAAUGGCUCCGUGAACGUUACCAGAGAAGGAAACAGAGCCAGUAUAAAGAUUUCUUAAGUGAAAACUUUGAGAAAUUCCGUGACUUCGUCAGAUUGAAGGCUCUGAAGGAGCAGGAAGAGCGCGAUGCUAAGGAAGCUAUCCAGAGACAAAUGGAGAAGGUGAGGAUGAUGGAAACUCUUAAAGGCAGACUCCAGAAUGUAUCAGACGAGUACGUGGAACAGAAGACCAAGUUCAUGUUCUCCAUCACUGGCCACUUCCUUGACUUCUGCAAGUGCGAUAACUCCAGAGACCUUUUGGAUAGAAUAUGGAGUGGAGAUUUCGCUGAAAAGGAUGGCGAAAUGAGCCCAAUGUCCAACGACACACCAUCAUGGAAUAACACAGGCGCCCCCGGAAAUAUGUGGGGAAGCAAUGAUACUAUGCCUCAGCAACCCAACGCCACAGAGUCCUGGCCAGCUACAACAGAAGCUCCAGUCAGUACUACAGCAUCAGAGGAAGAUGACUUCAUGGAGAAAGUAAAACGUUUCGCUUCCCUGGAUCGCAAAGAGCUCGUGUCCCAGGUCCUGCAAGAUCUUGUUCAGAUCAUGUGUGAGUCAGCCAGUCAGUACUUCCUGUCUAUCAAUACCCUUGAGGACGCUAUUAUACAGUACAGGAACUCUCACCCUUAGAAAAAUGUUUCACGGACAGCAACGUCAACGGAAGUAACAAGUUUGCUCAUAUUGCUUCCAAGAUUUUUUUUUUGUUAGACUUCGUUUCGUAAUUGUUUCGUUUAAAUUUUUAUCACAUCUCAAAUAUUUUUAUAAAUAUAUUUUAUACUUUGAAAUCAUUAAA